ACCGACCGCCGUAAUAUCCACCAGCCCUCCGACUCAAAAUACCUUUUCCGCCGAGUAUACACGACCUAUAUCAGAAAGAAUGAGUGCGAGCGAACUACAAACAUAUACUUGCAAAACGUAACUGGCAAGAAGUAUCGACCAAAUAGCGAGUUUUCGGAGCCGAACAGACACCACAGCCCGCUAGCACUCAGUCAGAACACACGCAAAAAGGAACACGUCGCCUUUCCUCCCUACGCCCUGCCAUAUCGGUUCCGCCGUCGUCGCCGUCGUUUUCGUCGUCAGAAAUCUCUCUUGUCUGCCCAUCAUGUCGUCGUGGUACAGCAACCUGCUGACCAACGCGUCGUCCAACAUCUCCAAGCUCCAGCGCACCUACUUCAGCGGCGACGCCGACGGCGACACGGAGGACGACACGCACGUCUGCCGCGUCCUGCGCGCCUACUACGCCGAAAAGGGCCAACCCUUACCCAACUGGCUCCCGCCUGACCCAAAGGCCCCGCCCCCACAGCCGCUGCAAAGCGCCUCUCAGCCCCAGCUGGGCAGGUACGGCGCUCUUGGAGGAGGAGCAGGAGGAGCCGGUCAGACUGCUGCUGCUGGUGGCGGACUGAGUAGCUUGUGGGGGGAUAGUGGUAGUGCUGGUGCUGGUGGUGGUGGUGCGGGGAGGGGUCAGUUUGUGAAUAGUAGGAAUCCGUUUGCUGCUGGCGGCAGCGGUGGUGGUGGUGGUGGUGGUGGUGGUGUUGGGGCGCGGCCUGGGCUUGCACAGAGGGCGGCGGCGAGUGAUCUGACACCUGGCAGUGGUGGGAGGGCUGGCGCGAUAAGCCCGACAGCGAGCGCAUCGUCCGGUGUUAGUGCGCAGGAGAAGCUGAAGCAGAGGCUCUGGGGCGGAGGGGCUAGGACGGCGAGUCCAACUGCGGGAGGGCCGUUCCAGCCGCCGGCGGCGGGACAGCAGCAGCAGCAGCAGCAGCAGGCGGGAGGGAAUAGAUGGGGAUGGGGGAGUGGUGGUGGGAGCGGCGGUUCGGCGGGCGACGGGGGGAGGCGGAGUGACCGACCUGUCAUGAGCGCCAACGCGCCGUGGGCGGACGGAGGCUAUGAUUAUCCGGGUGGUAGUGGGAGUGCGGGCGGCAAUGCAGGUGGGAGGAGCUAUGGGUUGCCGAACGGACCCAGGGCUGGGUUACCGAGCGGCCCACGUCCGAGAUGACGGCAGGAUGGAAGGGAGUUGCGGGGGUCAAUG